GCAGCUGGUCGCUCGGUGCUCCUGCUCGGCUCUGCUCGGUUAGAAAUGGCGCUGCGGGCUGCCCUCCUCUCCGCGCUGCUGCUGCUCUGCGUCGGGCCGCGGUUCGGGCUCUGCUGUCCGAGCCGCUGCUUGUGUUUCCGAACCACCGUGAGAUGUAUGCAUCUGAACCUGGAGACGGUCCCGGCAGUCUCUCCUCAGACCACCAUUCUCGACCUGAGGUUCAACAAAAUCAAGGACUUGCAGCCGGGUUCCUUCAGACGAUUAAAGAACCUCAACACCCUUCUUCUCAACAACAAUCAUAUACGAAGGAUCCCCAGGGGGGCAUUCGAAGACCUGGAAAACCUUAAAUAUCUCUAUUUGUACAAGAAUGAAAUCCAAUCAAUUGACAGACAGGCAUUUAAGGGGCUUGUCUCUCUUGAGCAACUGUACCUGCACUUCAACAACAUUGAGUCUUUGGAACCAGAAUCCUUCACUCAUCUACCGAAGCUGGAGCGACUGUUCUUGCACAAUAACAGGAUCACCCAGCUUGUGCCAGGAACCUUCUCUCAUCUCCAGGCCAUGAAGCGACUGCGACUGGAUUCCAAUGCAUUAAACUGUGACUGUGAACUACUGUGGCUAGCCGAUCUGCUGAAGCAGUACGCUGAGUCUGGCAACGCUCAGGCUGCUGCCACCUGCGACUACCCCAGCCGCCUGCAAGGCCGAUCAGUGGCGACGCUCACCGCCGAGGAGCUCAACUGUGAGGUUCCCAGGAUCACAUCAGAGCCCCAGGAUGUGGAUGUUACAUCAGGAAACACCGUCUACUUCACCUGUAGAGCUGAAGGCAACCCUAAACCACAGAUUAUCUGGCUCAGGAACAACAAUGCGCUAAACAUGCGCGACGACAGCCGUCUGAACCUGCUGGAAGACGGGACGCUGAUGAUCCAGGACACCAGGGAGACGGAUCAGGGAGUCUACCAGUGCAUGGCCAAAAAUGUGGCGGGAGAGGUGAAGACUUCACAGGUCACACUGCGAUACUUUGGAGCACCGUCAAGGCCCAGCUUUGUGAUCCAGCCCCAGAACACAGAGGUCCUGGUGGGGGAGAGUGUGACCCUGGAGUGCAGCGCCACAGGCCAGCCGCAGCCUCGGGUGUCCUGGACGAAGGGCGACCGGACCCCCCUUCCCAACGAUGCCCGCAUCAACAUCACCCCCUCUGGAGGGCUUUACAUCCAGAACGUGGACCAGGCUGAUGGAGGACAGUACACGUGUUUUGCCUCCAAUAAUGUUGAUACCAUCCAUGCUACAGCUUACAUCAUCGUACAAGCGAUCCCUCAGUUCACCGUCACACCACAGGACCAGUUAGGCCUGGAAGGUCACACUGUGGAUUUCCCCUGUGAGGCGACGGGUUACCCACAGCCGGUGAUCGCCUGGACUCGAGGGGGCAGCCCAUUACCUUUGGACCGCCGUCACGUCAUCCUGCCUUCCGGGACACUGCGCAUCACUCGGGUGGCGGCCCACGAUGAGGGCCAGUACGAGUGCCAGGCGGUCAGUCCCAUGGGGACUGUGCGCACCGCUGUGCAACUUAGCAUCCAGCAGAGAGUAACGCCUGUUUUCACAAAUGCUCCAAGGGACCUGACGGUGGAGUCUGGCCAGGACGUGCAGAUUCCCUGCAGUGCUCAGGGCCAGCCACAGCCGGUCCUCACCUGGAACAAGGAUGGUGUUCAGGUGACAGAAAGUGGAAAGUUCCACAUCAGCCCCGAGGGUUACCUGGAGGUGAAGGACGUGGGCACGGCUGAUGCCGGACGCUACGAGUGUGUCGCCCGCAACCCCAUCGGCUACCAGGUGGCUAGCAUGGUGCUCACUGUGACAGUACCUGCGGUCAGCAGAGAGGGUGACACCUUCGUGAGCACGUCCAUAGAGCAGGCCAUCCGUAAUGUGGACAGCGCCAUUGAGUCGACGAGGAGACGUCUCUUUGAUGGUCAGCCUCGCACCCCAGGGGAAUUGCUUGCACUUUUCCGGUAUCCACGUGACCCCUACACUGUGGAGCAGGCGCGUGCCGGAGAGAUCUUUGAGCAGACUCUGCUGCUCAUCCAGAACCAUGUCAACCAGGGUCUCAUGGUCGACACCAACGGCACCGCAUUUCGCUACAAUGACCUGGUUUCCCCCCGCUUCUUGGAUAUGAUUGCCAACCUAUCCGGCUGCACGGCUCACCGCCGCUUCAACAACUGCUCUGACAUCUGUUUCCACCAGAAGUACCGCAGCCAUGAUGGCACCUGCAACAACCUGCAGCACCCUAUGUGGGGCGCCUCACUCACCGCCUUUGAGCGACUCCUGAAGUCUGUCUACGAUAAUGGUUUUAACCUACCACGAGGAGCCACUGACCAGACCCAUAAUGGUUACAGGCUACCACUGCCAAGGUUGGUGUCCACCACGAUGAUUGGAACGGAGAGCAUCACCCCCGAUGACCACUACACGCACAUGCUCAUGCAGUGGGGUCAGUUCCUGGACCAUGACUUGGACUCCACAGUGGCGGCUCUAAGCCAGUCUCGGUUUUCCGAUGGCCAGCUGUGCUCUCAGGUGUGCACCAAUGAUCCGCCGUGCUUCCCAAUCCAAUUCCCACCCAAUGAUGAGCGGCAGCUGCGAAGUGGCGCCCGCUGCAUGUUCUUCGUCCGAUCCAGCCCGGUGUGCGGCAGCGGGAUGACAUCUCUGCUCAUGAACAGCGUUUAUCCGAGAGAGCAAAUCAACCAGCUAACCUCCUACAUCGAUGCCUCAAACGUCUACGGCAGCUCACGGCACGAAUCGGAGGAAGUCCGUGACUUGGCCAGCCAGAGGGGUCUCCUGCGCCAGGGGAUCAUACAGCGGACGGGAAAACCACUGCUGCCAUUUGCCACUGGGCCGCCUACCGAGUGCAUGAGGGAUGAGAAUGAGAGUCCAAUUCCAUGUUUCUUAGCUGGAGACCACCGGGCCAACGAGCAGCUCGGUUUGACCGCCAUGCACACGGUGUGGUUCAGGGAGCACAACCGCAUAGCUACAGAGCUGCUGAGGCUGAACCCCCACUGGGAUGGGGACACCAUCUACCACGAGGCCAGGAAGAUCGUUGGCGCCCAGAUGCAGCACAUCACCUACAGUCACUGGCUGCCGAAGAUCCUAGGCGAAGUAGGCAUGAAAAUGAUGGGGUCAUACACCAGCUACAACCCCAACAUUAACGCCGGCAUCUUCAACGCGUUUGCCACUGCUGCUUUCCGCUUUGGCCACACCCUCAUCAACCCGAUCCUCUACAGGUUAGACGAGGAUUUCCUGCCUAUCCCACAGGGCCACAUCUCUCUGCACCGGGCCUUCUUCUCCCCGUUCCGCAUCGUGAAUGAGGGUGGCAUUGACCCGCUGCUUCGCGGACUCUUUGGCGUCGCUGGUAAAAUGCGUGUAACCACGCAGCUUCUGAACACCGAGUUGACAGAGAGGUUGUUCUCCAUGGCUCAUGCUGUGGCUCUGGACCUGGCCGCUAUGAAUAUACAGAGAGGGAGGGAUCACGGCAUCCCACCGUAUAAUGACUACAGGACCUUUUGUAACCUGACCUCAGCUCAGACGUUUGAUGACCUGAGGAACGAGAUUAAGAAUCCUUCUGUCAGAGAGAAACUGCAGAGGCUGUAUGGCACUCCUCUUAACAUUGACCUGUUUCCUGCCCUCAUGGCUGAAGAUCUUGUCCCUGGCAGCAGACUGGGUCCCACCCUCAUGUGUCUCCUCACAACUCAGUUCAGACGUCUGCGUGAUGGUGACAGGUUCUGGUAUGAGAACUCUGGUGUGUUCACUCCUGCCCAGCUGACCCAGUUGAAGCAGGCCUCCCUGACCCGGGUGCUGUGUGAUAAUGGCGACAACAUCACCCGCAUCCAGCGGGACGUGUUCAGGGUGGCCGAGCUGCCUCACGGCUACGCCAGCUGUGAUGAUAUUCCUCAGAUCGACCUGCGCAUGUGGCAGGACUGCUGCGAAGACUGCAGAACCAAGGGUCAGUUCAAUGCCCUGUCGUACCACUUCAGGGGGCGCCGGUCAGCAGAGCACAGCUACAAAGAGGAUAAACCUGCCAGCAGCUCCCAGGAGAACAGCUCAGUGGAGGAAGCCCCGGGAAGUCUUAUAAAUAUCACAGUUCAGACCUCCAGGAAGAGCACUGAACCCUCAAUCAAUGACUUCCAGGAUUUUGUCUCAGACAUGCAGAAGACGAUCACCAGCUUACGAAAGCAGAUUAAAAGACUUGAAGCCCGUUUGAGCAACACUGACUGCACUGACAGCGAGGGCCGUGAGCGAACGGACGGCGAACGCUGGAAAAAGGACUCGUGCACCACGUGUGAAUGCCGAAACGCCCAGCUGACCUGCUUUGUGGAGUCCUGUACAGCGGCCGAGUGCAAGCGGCCCGUCAAGCUAAAAGGCAGCUGCUGCCCGGUGUGCCUCGAGCAGCAAAGAGCAGACACCCACCACCCGUAAUAACCCUCAGGACCCCCCGACAAGCACACACUCUGGUGUCUGAACGUCGUACACUCGCACUCGGUUGUAUCGAGAGGACAUAAGACUCGUGAAAGUGUGUGGCUCAACAGCCACCGAUAACCUCGAUGGACCCAACAGCCUUGCCUCAGUUUUUUUGUUUUCUUUGGGGAGGAACUUUUUUCCUGCUUGUUGCAUCCAGCAGUGUGAGGCUCAGUUUGAAAUCCUCCGGCGACAAGUCACUUUCACUAAAUGGAUUUAUGUCUGAACCGAUGGAUGAGUGGGCAUGAGAAGGACAAACCUCUCCUUCCUCCUCGCUCACUGAGGCUUCUGAAGUGUCACAACCAGCCACUGUUUGCUGUCCUGCGUCUUACACGAUAAGACGCAGGUCCAGUUGCAUUCGACAAGCAGGAAAUAUUCACAAGAUUCUCAGGUUAGAGAUGCCAAAAAUUGGUGCUAUUUCACCUUUUUUUUUUUUAUUACAAUUUAAUCACUAAACCUUUAAAGUAUUGUCUUUUAUAUGCCAAGCAAUCUAUAUACACUCAGUAUGUCUUUUAAUGAUACAUCACAGUUGAAAGGAUGGUUAUAUUCAAACUAAAAGACUUCUUACGAUUAGCGUUACUUCAUUUUUUUAACCCACGGUGCUUUAUAUCAUGUUAUUCUGUUCUUCUCUUCCCUUUAUUGUAAAAAAAUGCUUACGUAUGAAGAAAAUGUGAAGCCCUACGAAAAUGUUUCUAAUGCAAAAGAAAUGUCUACUGAUUUCUGCUCCACUGAUAACUUCCUGUGCCGAACACUCGGGCCGGCUCUUGCUCUCUGUGCUCCUUUCCCAGUUUUAUUUUGCAGUGAAAGACAAACUAUUUUUACCACUGUGUUCACAUGUUGUGAACUUUAUUCCAGUGUUUUCCUCAGUAUUAUAAAGCCAAAAGUAUGAUUUUAGUCAGUUUUGAAAUUGUGUAGCACGUCUAUGUAUGAAUUUUGUACUAGUCAGGAUUUAGCCUUUGGUACUGCUAACAUACCGUGGCAGUAUUCUCACUUUGACCAACUCACAGUGGUUUUUUAUUCAUGUCUAGACUGUAGCCAGGGUGUAGGUAGACAGAUUAGCUCAUUGCAGUUAAAUAAAUGUUUGACUGGACCUGAACAAGUUUUAGCAGAAAUGUUCACAGCCAACCUGGAUAACAAUGAUUAUCAGCAGCAGCAGAUUAACAGAAUUAUGGCUACCUGCACAAUAAGUAAGCAGAACAGUCAUGGAAAAAAAGAAAGUACUUCAGCCAUGUUGCAGAUCUGAAUUUAAAUUUCAAAAAAAUCAUUAGAGCUGCAGUGCAAAUAUCUUUUGGAAAUAUUGCACCUGAUUUUUGUCAACUAAGGGAAUGCUAACUUCUAGAUUGGCCUAUAAAAAUGUGUCAUCCACGUGACUUUGCUGACUAACGGUUGGCUAAAAGUUAUCCAGAUCCAGUUUUAAGUGAUUUAAAGUGAAUUUGAAAAUGAAAGGUGCUGAAAGAGUAUAUGUAGUCCGUCUCACAAGGCUGCGGCUCAGAUGAAAAAGGUUGGGAAUCACUGCCAUACACGGCACACAGCUGAAGGACUGCUAACUGUUCUUCUCUGCAGCUCUCCUGGUCCAAGGACACGCUUGCAUGCAUUCCUUUGCCCACCAGCCCCCCCUCCAGUUUCUGUUCAUGUCCUCAGUCUUCACGGGGGAGACAUACAUUCUUCAGUGUUUAUAUAGGUUAGGAAUGCUGACCCUGCUCAUGUUUCUUUGACAUAUUGAGGAUUUUGAGUCUGGAGUGACGUCAUUUAGCUGAGCAUAUGUGGAGCGCAGCCCUCAUUCCUUCAUAAUUGAAGCCAUAUGAGAGAGGAAGCGUGGGUAAUGGUGGGGGGGAGGGGUGCUCACGAUUGGGGUAUUGUGUCAUUUGAGACUAGUCUUCGCUGUCACUCUGUCUGUCAGACAGGUUUACCGUCUUUCAUACGUACUGUACAUACAGAGACCACUCCUCGUACUCCGUGCACUGACUUGCUGUGCGUAACACACGUCACGUUCUUGUCUUCCUGCAGUUCCUCCUGAUUGUGUUGGAGCAGCUGCAGUUUUCCUUUGUUGUUGUUUUCUUUACAUGGUAACAUCCUGAGCAAGCAUCUGUCUAAACACAAACAGGCCGAUUACACCCUGGACGCUCACUGUCACACUGGUAAACUAGUAUCAUGUCAUACUGGACAGGUUUGUGCAUCAAACUGCGAGUUUGCAGUUGUGUAUUUGUCUCCUACAACUCCUUGGUGUGUGUGUGUGUGUGUGUGUGUGUGUGUGUGUGUGUGUGUGUGUGUGUGUUACUGUGUCUUGAUAUCUUUUCCAAAUCUUAGCCUGUUACUGAGAGAAAGAGACAAAUAGCAUUUUGGCAAGCGUGCCAAGGUUUGGCUGCCAAAGCACUGUGUGCUGUUUGUGUUACUUGUCUGUCUCUUGAUAUAUGUGUUGUAUGUGUAGGUCCCCCUCUUUUCAUUUCCUCUGGAUAAAAUUCCAAGUGUCAAUGGAAUGCACUGCUCUGCAAAACUGAACAUGCUUUACCUACACUGUCCCCUAAGCAGUGGUCAUUGUGGAUAACCUAGUGCCUAUCAUGACAGUUGUAUUGUACAUUUGCCAAAGAAUGGUUUGCACUGUAAUGUAUGCUUCUCGACAGUAAUAAAUAAAUAAAAAGCCACA